AUGGAUGCUAGAUCGCCGUUGCGGUCUGUCUCUAAUGUCUCCAACCAGUCGGGCCAGCAGGAUACCGUUCAAGUGAGACCAAAAAAACCGAAGGCGAAGGACACGACACCGGAAUGGCGGAAACGACUUGUCCAUGGAGAACUGCCUUCUGGCGAGCAGCGCGAUUUGUUUGCGCCGAUAGGACUGGAAAGCGUUUUCAAGCCUCCAACACCAGGCUCAGAUACAAAACAGAAAGAUGCCUUCGCAAAGAUGAAACCAGCCGAUGAUAUGUGGGAUUUUACAAAUAACAGCUCCGCGCGCAAACACACCAGAAAGCCCAGCAAGCUUUCGAUCGAGACGUCCGGAGCGAAUAGCGAAGAUUCUCUGGACCAGGAUUCUGGGCAGUCAGAAGGAGCAGCGACAGUGCAGCGUGAUAACCUAGAACCAAUCGGAAGCCCUACACCGUCUUCAAAUGGAACUCUGGAGAUCAAGAAAGCGCCUGACAAGGACGCACACCAUUUCAAUAAAAGCGGUCAUGGUGCAUCCCGGAAUGAGAACCAGAUACGCACUGCAAGCGGAUUGGAGGAUCUUCGCAAUGAAGGUAUUACGCCGAUCGUGUUCUCACGGGUCAACACUGUGGAAGGACAGGCAACGUCGGAGGUCAUAAAGUCAGCCCUGAAACAAGUGACGAACAAGCUUGAAAGACUUUCGGUGGGUGCACGGGAGCGACCGGAUUCUAGAGCCAGCGAUAGCGUCUUGCUCCAUCAACCAAGUGAGCUCUUGGACUCUCUUCCAGAAGAUGACCUACUGGAUACCACAAGUCAUUCUUUACCUCAGGACCUUUCCACUGGCACUCUGGACUACCGAGGACGCGGCGCCUUUGCGAACCUGCGCGGAGAGCAAAAUCUAACCGACGGUCUCUUUCCGCAGCGACGAACCCCCACUUUACCAAGACCUUCUUCUGCGUACGCUAGAGCACCCAGUGGUGACGGCAACCUCAUUGCCAUGCCCUCUUCUGGGAGCCCUCUCAAACUUUUUGGAAACCAUGAUACCUUCACCAACAACAGGCUUCUGCGCCGAAUGAGCCAGUUUGAAGAAACGUUUGGCGAUCUGUCCGAGGAAGACGAGCCGGUUUCGCCUUCCGAAGAGGCCAGGCGUAAAGGAGAGAGCCGAAGUUUCUUGCAUGUGAGGCAGGAAACGCCUGGCGAUCGCUCCACGAGAAGACAAGAACGUCCACGCUCCCGCAACAUGAUGAAGCCUAGAAUUAGCCGAUUUGGUGAUGGCGAACUCGAUCAUUUUGAUUUCUCGGACACAAGCCCGUAUGAACCCAAAUUCUUGAAUAAUGACGUCGAAGAGUCCAACUUCCACCCCUCUUCUCGCCGAAAACCUUCUGGUAGACGACAACAUCCUCGACAUAGUGCUUUUGGAAACCACAACCGCGACUCUGAGAUACAUAGGCCUAGCUCCAGCCGAGCACCAAGAAUGAGGCCGCAGCCCAGCGUUGAUCAGAUGGACAAUCCAGACGACUGGGAAAACCAAUGGACAAGGGACACCCCAGCCAAGGAUCCGAACCCGAAAAGGCGCAGAACCAUUCUAAGCCUUGAUAUCUCGGGAGGUGAAGUUUACGGGGCAACGGAGGGCAACGGUCAGCCGACUGAUAAUUUGUCCCUACUGCAGAGAAGCUUGAUCCAACAUGGCAUGGAUCAUGGUAACGAGGACUCACUUCUUCCACAAGAAUCCACACCGAGACCCAGAACUCCAACCCCAAGUCAAACAAGGUCGUCGUUGAGGAAGAGAUCUUCGUCUAACAGAGACGGUGAUUUAAACGCCCGCAUAGGCGCAAUGUCUCCCCAGGAGGCGAAAAUACCGAUGGUGAGGGUGACGGGCGUCAAUGAACAGAUCCGAAAGGGAUCAAUCACAACGCAAGAUUUCUUGAACGAAGCCACGAAAAUUAUGGACAUAAUCAGAGCAAAGGGCAAACCCGCUGGCGGCCUCUCGAGCGUCGAGGAGUCUGAUUCCGAGGGAGAUGAUGCCGAGACUUAUGAAGAUGAGUCGACUCGAGAAGAAUUCUCGCGCCCUCCAAGUCGUGAAGGUGUAGAUAUACGCAAAUUACGAGAGCCUAAAGAGCCUAAUCCCCGAAUCUUGAGCCAUCUCAAGAGAUUCCAGGAACAUGAUGACCCGGAAUUUGGUGUCAACUCUUCCGUCAUGUCUCUGCACCUGGAGAAAGGUGACAGUAAAGGAGGAGAGAACCUUGAGCACCCGAAACGGAAACACCCAAGCAAUCCGAAUGAGGAACGAAAUACUGAUGUGGACCCUCCCCUGACGAUGGACACCCAUGUUUCCUCCAAAAGCCUGAGCUCACGCUCGAUACCCACUGCCUCUUCUUUCAGCUCACAUGCGAAGGGAGUGUUGUCUUCUGAUAUUGUAUCGCGUUUGAUCCCCGAACAGGUGAACGGGUUUACCUAUGAUCGUUCCAAGCACCAAUGGGUCAAAGAGAAGCAUGAACAGUCCCAAGAGAAGCCGAAGGGUGACGAUAGCGAAGAGGACCCUUUCAAGGAUAUCCCUGACCUCAGCGUGGAUGAACUACAGGAAAUGAUGAGGGUACACAGUUUAUCCUCGCCCGACAAAACAAAAAGUCUUCCGAGUCAAAGAGGGGAAAACCUUGCAAGUUCUGUCGGUACCAGAAUAUCCGACUCGAAGUCUGGCUCUGGCUCAAAGCCGGCUGUUGUCGAGGCGCCGGCUAGCGGUAGUACUCUUCGUUCCAAGUUGACUCGUUUUACUUCUAGCGCCCCGAAUACAGCAACGGGAGCCACUUCAUGGGGUACGGACGAGCAGAAAGACACUGAAACUUCAAGUGAAGUCGAGCACGAGAUCCAACUCCAUGAAGGGCGCUUGUCAAAGCCUCCGCGACAUGACCGAGACAUUCAUCAUCAGGCCCGGGUCGUAACAAUCAGUUUCUCUUCUCCUCUAGUUUCCCAUAUUGUCUACAACGAUGGCAGCCAAACAGGAUCCGUACGUCAUGCGGCAAAUACGAUCGAACAGGGUGCUGGAACUACAGCACAAGGGCCAUACGGCCGCCCAGGGCCUAGCCGACCUUCUCAACUUAUCGCAAACCGUGGCCCUCCGGGAGGACAUACUUUCCUACAGCAUUUCCUCUCCAAAACAGAAGAUAAGAGUGAGUUCGCGGACAAUGAUCUAAGCAUACUCCGUGGAGACUCCGGGGACAUAGAGUCUACUCCUGACAAGGAUCAUCCAGAGACCUCCAUGAUGUACCUCACACAAACUGGCUCAGAUACAACAUAUAGUUUCCAUCUCAGUCCUCUACCUGACUUCACCGCCGACGGGAUUGACCAGCCAUUACACCUGGAAUUGAGUUACGUCGCUCAGCGCACGCGCUCUACAUCCUUGCGCCAAGUCCAUGGGACUUUUGCUCUGGCGACUGAGGAUCUGGUCAAGCACUUGACCGAAGCAGAACCUUUUGAGCCGUACUGGGAUCAUGUACGACGCUUGGUCCUUCGAGACAAAGGGCUGAUAACGCUACACAAAUUGAACGAGUUUUGUCCGCGUCUAGAGGACCUUGACGUCUCGGAUAAUGAGAUAGGCCAGCUGGGUGGUGUGCCCAGGAGUUUGAGGACUCUCAGAAUACCACGGAAUUGUCUUUCGAACUUGACUGCGUGGGGCCAUUUGGUUAACCUACAGUAUCUGGAUGUAUCCAACAACGAGCUGGACAGCCUGAAUGGCUUCGGUAGUCUUAUUCAUCUGAGAGAGCUCAAAGCAGACAGAAACAAUAUCCGGAAUAUUGAUGGUAUACUCGAUCUGAACGGCCUUUUGACGUUGAAGCUGAGUAACAACUCACUCGCGGCGAUUGAUUUUGGCACUGGAGAAUUGACCCGCUUGCAAGAAUUAGACCUGGGUCACAACCGGCUGGUAUCCGUUCGGCACCUCGACUCCCUCCCAUCCUUGUCAAAGCUUGACCUCAGCUCCAACCAGCUGAAGCAGAUCGAUGUAUCAGCGCCCUUGCGGAUGCUACGAUCACUGAAGCUUGCAAGUAAUCAGCUUGAGACUCUCGAUGUCAGCAUGUUCCCGUCUUUGAACCUUCUCUAUAUUGAUCAGAAUUUUCUGUCUACGGUAUUCGGUCUAGAACGGUGCCGCGCCUUGGAGAUUCUAUCAGUUCGUGAGCAAAAGUCGAGCAGUCAGAAAAAUGCAUACCUGGACAUCGACCUAGGAAAACUCAAAGACAUCCGCAAGGUAUUUCUUUCUUCGAAUAAACUAUCAGCGCGGACUCUCUCACCCUCCGCCCCACUCCUGGGCUUACAACUUCUCGACGCUGCCUCAUGCAAUCUGCAGACUCUACCUGCAGAUUUCUCCUCGAACUUCCCCAACCUGAAAGUUCUGAACCUCAACUUCAAUUCGUUAAGCAGUAUCACUGAAUUGGUGGGCUUGAACUGCCUUUCCCGGCUGGUUAUUGCUGGCAAUUCUAUUGUACGAAUGAGAAAGCUAUGCCAGGUUCUGAGUCGCAUCGGACGAACCAAGCAAGGACAAGGUUGCUCUCUUCACAAGGUCGAUCUCAGGGGAAAUCCCCUCACAUUGCGGUUCUAUCCACCGGCUCUGACUGGGAACGGCAAAGGUGCUGACAAAAGGAGGAUAAGAGCAAUCCCGGAAGAACGCAAGAAGACAAAGGGUGGCUUAGAUCUUACCUCUGCCCUAGCUGAUGUAGGGCCACGUGAGACUGAUAUACGUCCCACGCUUUGGGAGACACCUGCCGAAACAGAGCUGGACAUCGACGAUCCAUACACUCUGCCAACUGCAGAUGCGCAGGCAGACCAGAAAUACCUAUCCCAUCUGGAUGAUGCGACACGUCUUCGUCGCAGAAUAUUUGAGCUCAUGCUGUACGCCGGAACCGGCGGUUCGAUCAAGCUCCUGGACGGAUUGGAAUUUCGACCUGUACUAACCGAAGGUUCUGAUAUGGAUCAUGCAUGGUCGAAACUGGAGCAACUCGGUGUGCUGAAGAAAAAGGCUAUCACCCAAUAAUAAUUUUCUUUCUCUUCCCAGUUGCUGUCAAAAUCCUGGCAACAAUCAUUUUGUCUUGGGGUCCGUUGGUUAUCUGUUAUAUUGCAGGAACGGAGUUUGGCAAUUGCAUUCACGGCGUGACUACUCUGAGCGUAUUAUUACAUCGACCUCUUUUCUAUUCCUCCGUUUUCAUUGUUUCCAUGUUGGAGUACUUAAUUUCUUCCGAUGAGGGUUCGGCGUUAUAUGGCGGCAGACAUUUGCAUAUUUGGAGUUCAGGUUCAUGAGGAAUCGUUGAGCGAUACCAUUUAGCAUUAAUGACAAACAAGC